GCUCCUCUCAAAAAAGGAUCGGUUUAAAAACAGUCUGAUUACGGCUAUGUUUCCGUAAAUUCCGGCCACUUAGAGCUCUUCAUCUGUUUCUUAGUGUUUUGUCCUGAAAGUGCUUUUUUGUUUCCUGUCUCUCCUCCGCAAAGGCUCCCGCGAGGCAUUCCAAUAAAUUUAGCAAUAAUAUUUAAAAAAGGCAAGCACCUGCUGGACGGUGGAAAGAGCGGGAAAAAUAGGGUUAGCGGGAGCCCCUAGUUCUUUUCCCUUCCUAUCGUCCCUCGCGCACUUUCUUUUUUCCCCCUUGGCUUGGUACACUUUGGUACGUAAACACUCGCUGCGAAGCAAAAUGGACCAGUCAGAGAGCCGCUUUGGAACAAUGCCUAACAACUGCUGUUCCCAGUCUCCCAAGGAUAUAAAGAGGCCUCUGCGGAUUAUAGGGAGUGGUUUCCCUGUGAAAGGCUAAUAUUGGAGGCCUUCCUAAUAAGACAAGUAUUUGAGAAACUUUUCAAUGCUUUUCCUUCUCUCACUACAGUGCCGAUGAUCGCCUCGUGUUAAAAUCCUCGUCUGGUUAUUCAACUAAUGUUAAAGUACGUCACAAUGGUAACCAAACAUGGCGGGCUCAUAUCAUCUACAAGAGCAUGUGCAAUAUCAACGUCAAGUAUUUCCCGUUUGAUGAGCAGAUAUGUAAAUUAGUAUUCGCCUCUUGGUCACAAGACGUCAGUGUCCUUGACUUGAGAGCGAGGCGCGUUGCUAAGAAAGAAGAAGGGUCAGACGUGUUCCAGGAAAACGAGGAAUGGACCGUCGAGUGGAUCAAUAUUGAGCGUAGCGAGGUUUGUACAUGUUCACAUUCAAAUAUAUCGUAUGACAUUGGCUGACUUAGCCUGUAUGGGAGUUUAAAGGGCGAAUCACUUACGCCACGUUGCCAUGGUAACAAAAUUUUUGGAGCGCAACAAAGCUUCAAACUUCAUUGCUUUUAUUUAACUUCAUUCAAUUCGUCAAGUGUUGACGAAAUUUUCUGGGUUUGAAUCCGAAAGAAGAACUGUAUUUAAGUUUAGAAAAAGGAAAUUGCUUGUAUUCAUGAACUCCACUGACCGGACGCUUGAAAUUAGGAAGUUUCAUGUCGUAGUCGUGCAACGACGGCUAAGAGAUGUACAAAAAAGCGUGAUGCACGUGCAAAGUAGUAUUUUGCUAAUGGAAACCUCUGCCGUUCUCGUUCCCUGUUGUUGUUAACCAGAAAUUUUGCCGCCAUGGUAACGUGACUUCACACUUCUCCCUCUAUUGAGCUAAGUUGUACAACUACCAGAUUUACUUGAAUAAACACUGCGGCGCUUAGUAAAAAGUUUUAGGGUCUCUGAUCGAUGAUGCGGCUUUUAUUUCUAAACUCUGUGAUGUUGAAAAUUACGUCAAAUCAUUUGUAAAUAUUGUGAAAAACAGAAAGGUGCUGAAAGUUCCAAAGUCUCCCCCUUUCUGCUAAUAUACUCGUAUUGUAGAUUACCAAGUUGUGACGAGUUUAUUUUUUUGCCAUAACCCUCGAAUAAACGCUGCAUAUCUUUGUUUGGAUAAGGCGUUCAUCCGAGGGCGGAAGUUAAUUGAGUAACGUUAAAUGAAGCUCAGGGUUGGCGAGAGAGGGAAAAGGAAGGAUUCCCUUCGCUCCCUUAAUUUCACGUUCAUCGCGUGUGCUCGCGCCUUUAUUUCCUUCCGAUAAACGCUUGCCACGCAGGCCAUAAACUGCUAAAACAGAGUUUGAAAUUAAACACUUACAUUAUCACCGUUACGGUAGUAUCUUGAGUGAUCAAGUAAGGCCCAUGAUCCAGGCUUCCUAAACACAAUACUUUAAUAAUAAUAAAAAAAAAACAGCACAGUCCUUUAAUAAUCACAGUAUUUAAAGUUCACGUAGGAUACAGUAGAACCUCGAUAACUCGAACGCGGAUAACUAGUGCUCGUUCCUUUCCCUUGAUCAAAAUUUUACUGAAAUUUACCCAGAUAACUCGAAUUCUCCGCUAUCUCGAACUGUUUUUCGUUUCCCCUCCGAGUACAGUUCGAGUUACUGGGGUUCUAAUGUAUUUCUCUAUUGUGCUUAAGUUUAAUUUGGUGCAUUGCCACUUUGCAAACAGUUCAUUCGUAAUUUCGCUUUUAUCUUCUUGUUAGUGUGCCGAGCCUAAAAUUUCAUGAAAAAAUUUCCGCUGAAGAUUUAGCGUGCAAACAUCUUCAUAGCUGAGGUAGGACUUUUUCAGAUUGUAUCGGUUUUUCUGACCUGUACUGUUUUCAAUUUUCUUUUUAUUGUAGAAGGAAAAUGACUGCUGUGAUUUACCCGUGGCGGAAUUAACCGUAUCCAUGCUUCUCCAGAGACGCACGUAUUAUUACGUCAUGAGCCUUAUCUUGCCUUGCACACUCAUAGCUUGCACCAUUUUCUUGGAGUUCAUUCUUCCAGCAGAGUCAGGCGAACGAGUAGGCCUGGGCAUAACUAUUUUGCUCUCGAUGGCUGUAUUUCAAGAACUUACGUCAGAGAAGUUGCCUUCAAGCUCCGAGCAUUUUCCUCUGUUAGGUAAGUGCCCUGUAAUGCUUACAUAAAAUUCGUGCGCACUUUUUGGCAUGGCGCUAUUUUUCUUCCGUAUUUGGUGAACUCCCUUCUGCCGAAGGGAUCCAAGAGCCAUAAUGGGACUAGAAGAGAAGAUGUUUGUGAUAUCCAGUUAAAUGACGUCAAUAGUGCAGGGUACCACCGCGGUCAAACGUCUAAAUCGUUAUUUUUGUUUUUUAUUGCUGGGAUUUCAUUUACCAGUUAGAGAAAAAUGGGCAAAGAUGUAUAAAUCAGUUAGUCAACAUAACUAUCUUUCCAUUUUUCUCAAAAUUUUGAGCUUUUUUCGCUGAAAACGCUUCGCGCUAAAAGAGAAUCAUGUUUGAAAAUGGCGCCGAUAAUAACGUCAGCAUCAGUUUUCAAUCACUUAGAACUUUUUUAGUAAACUUUUAAAAAGUUUAGUAAACUAACAGGAUGUUGGUAAUACCCUAAACUUUCGAUAGUGAAAGUAGCAAGCUUGACUUUGAAGUAUUUCGCUUAACUUUUGCAAAUUUCACUCGUUUGACCGCUGUGAAGUGCAGGGUAUGGGAAGAGCUAAGGCAGGGCAACCGUGAAGUCCUAGGGACAAGGUUGCGUUAGCUCAGUUGUUUUGGUAGAGCUGGCGAAUAAUGGCGGAAAAAUUAACACGUUCUGCACUAAGAAGAAAUAGCCGACCUACUGCCGCCUAAAAGCAUAACAAGAAUUAGUAAAAAUACAAAUCGAAGGAUGACAACUGGUGUUUGAAGAAUAUCUGCAAGACUUUUUAAAAGCAUCCCUUGAUAUUCCUGAAUUUUUCGAGGAACAGGCCAAUGGAGACGGGAACUUAACUUUUAUUUAGUUUGUUUUAAAAGUAUGAAUUAUUUCCAAUUAAAAAUUAUUACUGAGAUUCUGCUGUCGAACUAUCUCCAUAAUUCUUCAGUACAUGCUCAGCUUCAUCCAUUAACUUCACGUUAUCCGAAAGGCUGUUUCUGAAUAAUCAGGACAUUAAACUUAAGGUCCCGGAGCUUAUAGGAGGUUUUCAUCUUAAGACACAAAGAGCCCUGUUUGGGCGAUCACACAACCAAUAGGAAGUGACAGAUGACCGUAGAUUAUUCCAAAUUUAUUUUUGCGACAAGUCGUUCGGUGCAAAGGCGAGGCCGAAAGGGCGAUGGGACAUAAUUUGCCUACAGAAGAAGAGCGUCAUUAUUCGAUAGGGGCGUUAAUUCGAGAGAUCGUUGAGUAUUGAUUUUUGGUAUUCUAAUAAUCCCUAAUACGUUUCUCUUUCCUUAUAGCCAUGUACUACUCAGUUUCAAUCAUGGAAAUAGGAACGGCCCUGGGAGCCACUUGUAUCAUACUCAACUUUCAUCACCGCAACACUAAGAUGCCGAACUGGUUUCACAAGAUCGUUCUUGAGUGGCUGGCAAAGCUGGUCUGGUAUAAGCCCCGUUACCUCCACUGUCACCUCACCACCGAAUCAGAAGAUGAAACUGUACAAACAAAGCUUCAAACCAACUCAGGCCCUGAGAGGAAACGAAACGACGCUUUCGACCUCGACAGGGAAUCUAUCGAGUUUGAAAUGGACCUUUUUGAUGAAUCUCGCGGGGGACGCGAUCAGGUGCCCCUGGCUCAAAAUGGGAACCUUUCUGUUCCGGCGAAUAACGGUACUAGGAAACGCUCGAUUAGACGGAAAACGCAAGACACUGAGACCGAGACAAGUGAAGUGCAGUUUCCUGAAACAAGGUUUCCUUUUUAUGACGUUAACAAAGAAGAAAUCUAUAAGAAACAGUGGCAAGAUGCAGCGAGAAUUUUAGAUCGAUUUUUGCUUGUGGCCUCAUUUGUUAUCGGUUCCAUCUCAGCUAUGAGUAUUUUCUUGCAGUCUCCGCGAAUAAGAGGACUGUUUAUUCCCUGACAAAAGGCCUGAAGUAGUUGUUUCGAGACACUCAGUCAUAACGUCUUGUCUGAUCUGGUUAUGAAACACAUCUUGAAUGUGAUGGUUAGUGUUGUAGCUUUGGCCAUGGACCCUGUUGGCAAUGUUGUAUCCAUUUUAAACAACAGAGCAAGCAGUACGUAUAAGCGGGCAAAGACAAACAAAUUGCCAGAAAUGUUUGCACAAAGUAAAAUUAAGCUGCCGGAAAUAUUCGCCCUCUGCCUGGGGACACGCAAUUACAUUUACACAACUUUAUGUCGACUCAUGUUGGAACUGGAAAAAGUGUCGUUGUCAUGUUGAUAACUGAACUUGUUACACAAUCGUUUACAAGCUGAUGAAACAUAGAAUUAUCCACAAACUGAUGAAGCUAUGAGGCCGCGCCAAUGAAUCACAUAAAUAUCGGUGGAUAUUCAUUAAAAAACCUUUCUGGCCUUAUCAAUGGGAAGUUUAGUCAAUCGUUCACGGCCUUUCUUUUUCUUGUGCAAGGAAAAGGAGAGAUAUCACCUCUCAAGUUCCUUGUUUCCAGAUAACUCUGUUACAUCAGACUUAAAAAUCAAACUUAAGACUGAAAUGAGAUUAAUGGGUUUCCUUGGGUUUUUCUAGCCUGUACAAAACCCCACAAUUUCCAGUCAAAAGGAUAUCAUGCAUUCACCGUAUUUUAGAACCUUAGUAGGAUACACACUUCUGUGAUCUGGGAUUUCCAGACCAAAGUUGAUUCCUCUAAUACUGGACAGUGAAGUCAUAAUCCUGUCAUAGUUUAGUAGUCCAGUCCAUAGUCAACUGCAUCUAGCUUUCUCACUGAUAUGUCGCGUGAAGUCAUAUCGACAGAUUUUGCCGAGUGCACAGCGAUCUGGACAAUUAUGGCAGACAAGUGCACCUAGGAGACCUAACAGUCUGAUUUGGCAACUAAAUAAUUUAACACAAGAGAGAAUAUUGAUUAACAAUAUCUUUUUUCAUAGGAAGACACUUUUAUCGAAUUCUGAUAGGCGUGAAACUUAAGCAGCACCAUUCCCUAGAUUAACCAGGUUUAUACUAAGGAGCCGAAAAAAAAAAUGUUUGCGUGUUGAAUAAGAUAAAUAAGAUAAAUAGUUUAUUAGAUUCCUAGCAAAGCCCUCAGGCGUAAAAAAAGAUAUGUGCACGUAGCUGCUAAAUAAAUUUUAAGGC